GCCAACGAGGGAGCACCUUCGCAUGGGUGGGAUUCCAACGGCUGCGGGCAUUCACGCAAUGACAGCCUAACGGUGACCGAGGAUCAACUGGUGGCGGUGCGUCAUGAGCAGAAGCACCGACAGCAACUGGGUGAAGAAGUGCCGCAUGGCUAUGCUCAUGUCCGGGAUCUAUGACCGCAGGACCUCCGAGGAGCGGCGCCUGAGGCACCUCGUUGGUCUGGCCAUCGAUCUGAACACCGCCGAGGCAAGCGUUCUGCAGGGAGAGGAGGCACGCCCCGUGGUUGCUACUAUGAAAGGCCUGGCUGACCAGCUUGCGACGGUCGGGCCGGAACCUUUGUCGGUUAUCGACGAUGCUAAUAACCAGAUGUUCGACCUGAAGGCUCAGGAGUCAAACCUCCAACACGUACUCCUAGGGCGCAAUCGUGACCUCGAAGCGCAAGUAGCACAAGAAAAAGACCAGAACUGGUCUCUGGGGGGAAGGGCAGGUGCUUCUCUGGAACUUCAGAAAUCCCACCUUCUGCAGCGCAUCAAGGUGCACAACAAGUUCAUGGUGGACUUGCUGGGCUUCAUGGACAAGAAGAAGGCGGUGGUGAGGCGCGCCGUACUUCGCUUGGAGGCUGCUCUAGCGACGUGCGAUGCACGGGAUAAGGUUAUUUCGGCUGCAGACGAGAGAGUGGCCAAGGACAUAUUAGAGCUAGUAGAUCGCGCGCAGAACAAGCCGCAAGGGUCGGUGAUAGUGACUACCUGCCCCAUGCCCUUGGCAAUGGAACCGCUGCUCGUCCAGGAACCAGUCGCAGCUCCGGUGGAACCCCCCGCUAACUCCGUCACCACGGCGCUCAACAAGUGGGUCGAAGGAAGCUUCUUCAAACGGUUCGUGGCGCGCACCAUGGCAAGGAACAACGUGGACGCCACCUUCUUGGCUACACGAGCUCUGUCGCCGGUGGAUACGUGGUACGUGCUAUCCACUUGCCUGGGACGAGGAACUUUCGGUGGCGUCUUCAAGAUAGACGUCCUCACCCUGGGGGAGAGCUUCGCCAUGAAGCUAAUCAAUGAGGGAGAGGGCAAGAAUGCUCGAAGGCGAACGCGCAGGUCGCAAGAGUCCCUGCUCGGGGAGAUGGUCAUCUGUGUCUGGCACGGCUCGCAACCACUAUCGGAUGAUUUGUGUGAUUCCUCCCAUACCGGCCUGAUGUUUUCGUCCUUGGCUGUCAAUGUCCCGCCACACCCGAACGUCCUCCAAGCCGUGGGAGUAGAUGACAGGGAGCUAGACUGCAUGAAGAUCGUCUACCACCUUGCAGAGGGGGAUUUCAGCCGCUGCGCGUGGGGAAGCACAGAAGACAGCGCGGGGACGAAGAUGCGGGAACAUCCAUGA